UCCAGAACUUAAUUCUCGUAGCCCAGGGAAUUUCUGGAAUAUUGCCGGACUCAAUUGCUAAUCUGAAGUCCUUGAAGCAAUUGGUCAUCUAUCAUUCCGAAUUCCACGGAUCCAUUCCUACUUCUCUCUGGAACCUUCCACAAAUCACUUCUUUGGACCUCUCAUCCAACAAUUUCAGUGGUAUCCUCCCGUCUUCAAUUUCAAACCUUACACAAAUCACUUAUUUGGACCUCUCAUCCAACAAUUUCGGUGGUUCCCUCCCAUCUUCAAUUUCAAACCUUACACAAAUCACUUAUUUGGGCCUCUCAUCCAACAAUUUCAGUGGUUCCCUCCCAUCUUCAAUUUCAAACCUUGGAAAUCUAAGGACCUUAAGACUUUCGGAUAAUAAUUUCACAGGUCGCUUCUUUUCAUGGGAUGUAAACUUGCCAGAACUUCAAGUCUUGGAUGUGUCAAACAAUAGUCUCACUGGUCCUCUUCCUUCACAAGCAGUUGUACCUCCAAAUCUAAGCUAUUUGAUCAUAGGCCGAAACUUGAUCAACAGUACAAUCCCAUCUUGGGUCUUCGAAUUACCCGCACUCAUGUACUUAGAUCUCAGUUAUAACAAACUGAUUGGUCAUACACUUGAGUUUCAAUCCUCUUCGUUGAAGUUUAUUGAUUUGAGCAAUAACGACCUAAAUGGUACUGUUCCAAAUUCAACCUUUGAACUCCGAAACCUUAACCAUCUUAUUCUUUCUUCAAAUAGCUUUUCUGGCACCAUUCCUAGAUCAAAUAGAUUCAGUGAAAAUCUCAGUGUACUCGCUUUAAAGAUGAAUAACUUGACAACUAUCAAUCUUUAUGGCAAUGGAUUUGAAGGGCCAAUACCGAAGUCUCUGAUUAACUGUAGAUACUUGGAAGUGCUAGAUCUCGGAAGAAACAAGUUCUUUGAUGAAUUUCCGCAUUGGUUGGGAAAUUUACCGUACUUGCAUGUCCUAAUCUUGCAAUCCAACAAAUUUCAUGGAUCGAUUGUGACUUCCACGACCAAAUUUCCCUUCCCCAUGUUGCGAGUUCUUGAUAUGGCGAACAAUAAUUUCACUGGUCCAUUGCCCAUAAAGUACUUCAAAAGUUUCAAAGCAAUGAUGAAUGUGGAUGAGCAUUUUGAUUUGGAGUACAUGCGACCUGGUGGUUAUACUUAUUAUGAUUCUCUGACUAUAGUAAUCAAAGGAUCGACCAUUGAAAUGAAGAAAAUCCUUAGAGUUUUUGUAGCCAUUGAUUUAUCAAGGAACAAGUUUCAUGGUGAGAUUCCAGGGAUCAUCGGUGGGCUAAAUUCGAUUCGAGGACUGAACUUAUCGCACAAUAGCCUCAUAGGUCAUAUACCAAAGUCGCUUGGUAAUUUGACGAAGCUGGAAUGGUUAGACCUCUCAUCGAAUAAGUUCACUGGGGAGAUCCCUCGACAACUCACGAAUUUAACCUUUCUCGGAACACUCAACCUUUCGCAGAAUCGCCUAACGGGGCCUAUACCAGGAGGCAAACAAUUCGAUACAUUUUCGAAUGGUUCUUACAUCAACAACUCGGCGUUAUGCGGGCCUCCAUUGUCGAAUACGUGUGGCGAUCCUAAGGCAACACAACCACCACCGUCGAGAUUUGAAGAAGAAGAUUCAGAUCCUGUGAGUGGAUUUGGUUGGGAAGUCGUAUUGCCAGGGUAUGGAUUUGGGCUGGUAGUUGGACUUGUCAUGGGAUAUCUUAUGUUCUCGUUCGGUAAACCUCACUGGCUUGUGGAGAUGGUUGAAGGUGUAGGAAACGGAAGCGGAAAGAGGCGGAAAAGCAAUGCUCGAAGACGUGGAGGCAGAAGAAAUUAGCAAAAUGCAAAUGGUGUUAUUGUAUGAUAUUGUGGAGGAGGCAUGAAGCUCUCGUCAGUCUCAGAUAUGAGGAGAAACUUUGGUUGUAGGAG